AGUAAGGGACAGAGACACUGUUAUGAGUGCCAAAGUGAAUAUGGAGGCUCCACCCAAAGAACCCGACCGCACCUCUCUGGACCCAACAACCUCCUCAUCCCCAAGCGAGGCCGUCCUCAUCUGUGGGAGUGAUGGUGUGGCCAAGAAGGCUCGUCCUCAACCCCAAACCACCACCGCUUUCCUCCUACCAGCUCCUGCUGCCAGCCAUCAGAAGCUGGAGGUGACUCCAGCUGUUGCUAUGGGAGACCCAGGUAAAGGAGGCCGGGCCAAUGAGACGGCCACACCCACUCUGACAGCACAGAUGGGCGGGGCUUGUAGCAUCGUACACGUCCUGGAGUGGAAGGAGGGGAUGGCCAUCCUGCCCAGCAGCAACCUCAAGUUCUGUGUGAGUGACGUAGGAACACUGAGCACACUGAUCACCCCAGGGACCACCAGCAGCACCACUGAACCAGCAGCCGGGACUUCUGGGAGAUGUGCUGACGCAGAAAGUGCUCCAGCAGACAAGCCAGAUGUGUCGGCUCCGGUUGGCUCCGUGAGAGGAGCGGCUGUGGAGCCAGAGAGGCUGGUGCUGGUCAAACCUGAUGUCCAGGUUGGACCGGGUCAACAGAACCAUGAUGUCAGAGCUCAGAGGAUGUACGCAGAGGAGCUACGCAGAGAGCCGCUCACUGACAAGAGGAGUGUCGGGGUAGAAAAGGUGCCAGCAGGCGGCAGGGUCUCCACCCUUAACCCCGAUCACCUGAAACCCAUGAGGAAGAGGAAGAGGAAGGAGUACCUGAGUCCCUCGGAGGAAGACUCUGACAUCGAAGGCACGGAUGAGAAAAUGGAUGAUUCUAAAGUAGACAACAGACACAUCAGAGGAGCUGGAGACAGUAAGACAGAGCAGUGGACGUGGGCUCUGUAUCUGGAAGAGACCAAAUCUGUUGCUGCGCCCAAUAAGCUUUUCCAAGAGACACAGAGAGUGCCAACAGUAAAGAACGGCUUUAAGCAGGGGAUGAAGCUGGAGGGCAUCGACCCGCAGCAUCCGUCCAUGUACUUCGUCCUCACUGUGGCCGAGGUCUGUGGUUACCGGCUGCGGCUUCAUUUUGAUGGCUACUCUGACUGCCACGACUUUUGGGUGAAUGCCAACUCCCCCGACAUCCACCCUGUAGGCUGGUGUGAGAGCACGGGACACAAACUGCACACUCCCAAAGGCUGUAAAGAAGAGGAGUUCACCUGGACCAACUACCUGAGAAUGACUAAAGCACAAGUGGCAUCCAAAGAACUCUUUGCCAGUCCUGGGAGGGUUGAUGUAAAGUGCAGUUUCGAGAUAGGAAUGAAGCUGGAGGCCGUCGACCGUAUGAACCCCUCCCUCAUCUGUGUAGCAACCGUCACCGACGUGGUGGACGACCGCUUCCUCGUUCAUUUUGACAACUGGGACGACACAUACGACUACUGGUGUGAUUCCAGCAGUCCGUACAUUCACCCUAUUGGCUGGUGCCAGGAGAGGGACCUCCCCCUAACACCACCCCAAGAUUACCCAGACCAGGCCCGUUUCUCCUGGCCUCAGUACCUGGAGGAGACCGGCUCUAAAGCGGUGGCCGCUGACGCCUUCAAAGUGCGUGCGGCCCACAGCUUCCAGCCUCAGAUGAAACUGGAGGCUGUGGACAAGAGAAGUCCUGGUCUGAUCAGAGUGGCUACAGUGGAGGAAGUCGAGACUCAUCGCAUUAAAGUCCAUUAUGACGGCUGGAGUCACGUCUAUGAUGAGUGGAUGGACUCUGAUCACCCUGACAUCCACCCAGCAGGCUGGUGUGAGGCGACCAAUCAUCCGCUCAAAGUCCCCCCACGGGACGCCAAAACACAGCAGCCACAUGGUAGCAACCAGCACUUCGGUCAAAACUGUGUGAGGGAUCUUCCUGCUCUAGGCCAGUCCGCCUACCCCUCCUCUGUCCCCUGUAAACCCAUCAGCCACCCCAGAGCCAACAAGUACAGCUUCCACAACAGGAAGUGUCCAACUCCUGGUUGUGACGGUUCAGGCCAUGUGACCGGUCGUUUCACUGCCCAUCACUGCAUAUCCGGCUGCCCAUUGGCUGAACGAAACCAGGGCAGGCUGAAGGCUGAGCUGUCGGACUCGGAGGGGAAGAGGACCCUCUUCUUUGGCCAGAGGACCAAGAAGACCCAUUACCGUGGCAGGAUUGGCCGACCUCCCAAAUACAGGAAGAACCAGCAGAGAGACUACCAGAACAUGUCCUCAGAGGGCGUGUAUCCGUCUCUGUUCAUGUCGGCUCUGAGCAGUCAGUCGGACAGGACUCUGUCUCUGUGCUGGGAGCAGCACUGUAAACUGCUGCCCGGCGUCCAGGGCAUUCACGCCAGCCAGGUGGCUGCAUGGAGUGUUGAGGAGGUCUUCAGGUUUGUUCAGAAUCUAAUCGGCUGUGAAGAACAGGCUCGUCUCUUCAAAGAAGAGAUGAUCGACGGGGAGGCCUUCCUGCUGCUCACCCAGACCGACAUUGUGAAAAUCAUGAGCAUCAAGCUCGGCCCCGCCCUCAAGAUCUCCAACGCCAUUCUCAUGUUCAAGAGCACAGACGAGGUACUCAAGUGAUCCCGCCCCUCUCCUGACCAGGGGCGUCAGGCCGCCACUUAUCAUGUGCCAAAUUCAUUUUGUUGCAGGGAAAAAGACCCUGGACCCUUUUUCAUGUGUUUGGUGUCCUGUACCCAUCAGAGAGGGGGGGAGGGGGGAGGGGGGAGGUCUGAUCAG